AGUAACGUAAAGCCCACGCCCGCAUAAAGCCGCGCAAGACAUGGCUGGCCCUGCGCUGGAAUUGCCGCAGUUUGAUGUAACAAGGCCCGAUGAGUGGCCAAGAUGGCUUCGCAGACUCGAAAAUAUGUGCUUGGCCAUGGGAGUUGAAGCCCCAGCGCGCAAAAAGGCCUAUCUCCUACAUUUUGCAGGCCCUGCAGUUUUUGAUCUGCAUGAAACGCUGCCAGCCCCAGCUACCGCUGAUGAGACGCCGCCACUGGAUGAAUAUCAGCUUGCUUGCAAGCAGCUGAGUGCCUAUUUUGUGCCCCAGAAGAACAUCGAUUAUGAGUGUGAUGUUUUUCGUCAAACUCUCCAGAUGGAAGCGACGCUGGUACCGUCGCCGGUCUGCGCCUCGCUGAAGGUGUGGGGCCGCCAGCUCAGCAUGGACUCGCAGCGCGACUGGGUGGGCGGUCGGCGGCCGUGCGCUGGUCAGGUGGCCCUCCUGUCCGACGGCCUGGCGGUCUACCUGCACCAGCAGUUGGAGGCCCGGACGAUGGUGCUGCCCACUAACGGCGAAAUCAUUCUCGGGGAGGGCGCGUCCGUGGCCUUCGCCGACCGGCCAGCCCCGGCCGACAGUCGCUGCCGCGGCACUGGUGGCAGCACGGUGCGGUUCGGCGGCUCGGCGGCGCGUUGGAUGGACGCCGGCUCGUGGCGCCAGGCGGCGCUGCCGUCGCCGGUGCCGCACUCGGAGCGCGUGCCGUGCGCCAGCGGCGGCGACUCGGUCCGCUUCCCGGAGAACAUCACCUACCGGGCGCAGGUGCAGCGCGCCAUCACCGUGAGAGAGCUGAGCAUCGGACCGCACGCGAUGGACACAGAGCGGUUCCGCACGUUCCGAAACACCACCGUCGGCAGGUCUCUGUUUGACGUGCGAGCCGGCUUCAACAUUACGGGAGUCGGCCGAACCUGCGGUACGGAGGAGUGCGCGUGCGGUAACGACCGUGCUGAGGUGCUCUCUGUGAUCUGCGCCGCCACCGAGUGUGCCGAGGCGCCGUGCAGCCGUCCCGUGCAGCCCGUCGGCCACUGCUGUCCCAUGUGCGGAGCCGUGGUGCGGGUAACGCCGAGCGCCGGGCGGCCCGCGGCGGCGGCCGCUCUGCGCCGGCUGGUGCGGCAGCUCCGCGGCUCGGGCGCGGUGCGCUGGCACGUCUCGGCCACCCACGCCGGCCGGCUGCAGGCAGUGCUGGUGGACGCGCAGACGGAGCGGACCGACAGCGCGCGCCUGGCCCGGGAGCUGGCCGACCGACUGGCCGCCGAGCCGGGGAUGUCCGGGCCGGAGUUGCACGUCUCCGGGCCCCGGCACGCCGCGCUGACCGGCGGCGGGGGCGCCGGCGGCGGGCGCUCGGCCGCCGGGCCCGUGCUGGCCACCCUGGUCCUGGCCGUGGUGGCCGCGCUGCUCGUCUGGGCCGUCAGGACCAAACGUGUGAGUCUACCGGGCAGGGAGCGGCUCCGUCUGCCGCCGCCGCCAUCCCAGUGGCACGUGGCGGAGCGGACGGCCGCGCUGGCCGGCCAGCUGCCCGCCGUGCGCCGCCGACUGGCCGCCGCCGCCGCCGCGCCCUUCCACUUCGCCAGGUUCCGCAACAGCACGUGCGGCUCAGAGGUGGAGCUGGGCCAGCGUGUGGAGGAGCUGGACUCUGCACACGACUCGGCCUCGGUCCACACGGCCGGUUCCAGCGAGCCCGACACCGGGUCCGCCGCACCAGCCGCCGCCGCCCCGCCCAAGGCGCCGCGCUCCUUCGACAACCCCCUGUUCGGAAACACCAAACUGGACGAUCACGUGCCUGCCACGCUGCUGGCGCCCAGCAGCGCCCUCUGCGUCACUCCCGACGGCAAGUCGGUGGCCAACCCUUUCUUCGGCGUGCCCGUGAUCACGGCGGCCGGAACAAACGCUGAGACGGUUGACGCACCGGGCCCUGGUCUGGAGGGCAGCGCCGAGCCGAGCCCGGCAGGCCGGGAGGACAGCGGCGAGUCGUCCCCCGCGCCAGCGGAGGACGCCGCCGAGCCGGAGCCGCCGUGCCCGCAGCCGGGGGACCACACAGGGCCGGGGCAGGGAGCGGACGGAGCCGCCCGCGGGCCGCCGGCCGAGACCGAGCUGCUGAUCGACGUCCAGGACUCGGACUGAGUCUGGCCGGGGUACGGGACCCUCGGACUGACCCUGGCCGGGGUACGGGACCCUCGGACUAACCCUGACCGGCCCGACCGACAGCUGUACAACGGCUACAUACCCAACCCGAACAGAACCAUGCCAUUCUGAUCACACUAGUCGUCCCAUUAAAGGAUAGGCGGACCUGCUGGUUAUGAUCGACCGUGCAUGACACCAUUGGACGUGCACAGUAGUUGAGUUCCGGACGAUAGCAGAUGUGUGGCGAGCUGCAGUGCUUCUGUUUUUACUACGCCAUAUCCCAAUCGAUUGAGCUGUUGUUUAUUUUGCACAAAAGGCAUUUAUCGUUAUUUGUUAACAAUUAACAUCUAUAUGUAAUUAGCUUAUCAAGUGCCUAGAAUGCGACGUUUCCGAAUGCCGGACCUACUAAGUCAUUGUUUAGUGCCACUGUCGCGUUCAAUCACGGUAAUCGUAUCGUGUAUCGAAUUGAACCGAGGACAUGUAUCCACCUGACAUUGCUAAUACAUCAGCGAAAACUAUUGU